AUGGACACUAAAGACAAGAAAAUCUUCACUUUCAGCGAGGUCGACGAGCUUGACCACCCAACGUCGACCUAUAUUUACUCUGUGCCAUCAUCAGGCACCCUGUCCCACAAGGGUGGAGAGAAGGACACAGUUACAGGCCGCAUAGAUAUAGUACAUGCAUCUACACCCUCGAAAUCAUGGUCUCUGAGCUCGCUGCGCGACGUAUUAAUCGAAGUAUUUCUCCCUGCUGGAUAUCCACAUAGCGUCAGCGAUGACUAUACCGCAUAUCAAAUCUUCGACUCUCUCCAAGCAUUCAGCAGCUCCAUCGCGGGCCUCCUAGCAUCCCGAGCCGUACUACAAGGCGUCGGAGUCGGUAAUGCCAACGCCUCCCCAACCUCCGCUCUCCUCCUGCACAUCUUGCAGGAUACAUCCGGCCGGAUCGCGACAAUCCUCUUCGCCCACCGCGUGGGUACAGCCCUUGAGCCCGAGUGCAAGAUGUACCGCUUCGCGGCGGAUAUCUUCAACGAUCUCGCUAUGUUGCUGGACUGUUUCUCCCCGAUGGUCCCGGCCGGGUUCAAUCGAGUCACUGUCCUUAGUGCUGCUGGUGUGCUAAGAGCGCUUUGCGGUGUUGCAGGGGGCAGUUCCAAAGCGAGUUUAAGCGCACAUUUUGCGCGAUGGGGAAAUCUGGCCGAGGUGAAUGCGAAAGACUCAUCCCAGGAAACGGUUAUCUCCCUCAUCGGCAUGCUCGUCGGCUCCUUCGUCGUCUCUCAUAUCACCAGCUUCACGGCAACAUGGCUUACCCUGGUCUUCCUUCUAUCCAUGCACCUGUCACUCAAUUACGCCGCCGUCCGCUCUGUCCAGAUGACGACACUGAACAGACAACGAGCCAAUAUUGUUUUUUCGACUCUUCUCUCCUCAGACCCGGACCUUGCGGAUUUCGUUUCGAGCCCUAGCCGAAAAGACGAGCGACGAGCUUCGCUCAAGCAGCAGGAACAUACUCACCAGAAUCCAAACCAUAUCAGACCCAUAACCCCAGAACAAGUCGCCAAAGAAGAACGGAUAUUUGCUGCCGGCGCUGCACUAAAGUGGCACUCUCCCCCCUCCCAAUUUUCCUCUUCAUCAAGGCUAUUACCUGAAGUACAACUUCUAGGAUCGUGCCAGGUUGGCGUCUCGCUACGGCAGUUCUUGUGUCAGGCGCCUUAUACUACCAGCUCGACAUCCAACACGCUGAAGACGGACCUUCCACUAGAAGAGAUAACGACCCUCUUUCAUGAAGAGGAGUAUAUCCUUUUUCUCACACCGAGCAGCAAAAUCACUUUCCUGGGGCAUACCACUACCGGUUUAUCUGCAGCGGUCCUCAUCAAACGACGGGAUACCAGCGCCAGCACGGGUUUACCAAGCCUAAAAUCCAAAUCAAAUCCUCACCUCAAAGCAUGGAUGCACGCCCUUUUCGCCGCAAAGAUUCUGGCUUCGUCGUCGGCCUGGAGCUCCCACACUAGGUCAUACGACCUCCGUAGCUCCAAUACACUGCAUGUGGAGGAUAUCCUCAGAAUCCUCUCCCGCACAUUGAACUAUCUUAACGAGGGUGACCGGUUCGAAACGUAUAUUGAAUCCCUCAGGAAAGCCGGGUGGGAAGUUGACGGUGAUGGCGAGGGUUCUGGAUCCGCGUUGGAGACAAGGAUUGGAAGAAGAGUUGUUGUGUCUUUUAAUUCCUAA